AAGCAGAGCCCAGACGUUUGCGAGACUCCGAACCGAACAGAACUACAGAAAACUUCGAUUAAAAACGGCUGUGGCAACAGAACCGAAAUCUUUGCGCAAAUAUUUGCCAAUUAAGAACCGUCGACGGCGCGUGUGUCUGUGUAGUGGGGUGAAGUGAAAUUGGCCAGGCCAAAAAGCAAGCGAGCCAUGUCCGAGUUUGUGCGGCAACAUGGCGAGUAUGUGUGGGUGAAGCCGCAGAAUACCACCAGCGAAUUCGCAGUGCCCUUUGGGGCUCGCAUUGUGCGAACGGAGAAAACGCAGACCCUGGUUUGCGAUGAUCGGAACAAACAGUUCUGGGUGCCGGCAGGGGAUGUCCUGAAGGCCAUGCACAUCACCUCCCAGGAGGAUGUGGAGGACAUGAUCACCUUGGGCGACUUGCAGGAGUACACUAUACUGAGGAACCUGCAGAACCGAUAUGCCAAGCAGUUAAUUUAUACCUACACAGGCUCCAUGCUGGUGGCCAUCAAUCCCUACCAGAUUCUGCCCAUCUACACGAACCGCGAGAUACAGCUGUACCGAAACAAGUCCCUAGCUGAACUGCCUCCUCACAUUUUCGCCAUCAGUGACAAUGCCUUUCAGAGACUGCAACGACUCAAGGAGAACCAGUGUGUGGUGAUCAGCGGGGAGUCGGGUGCCGGCAAGACGGAGAGCACCAAGCUGAUCCUUCAGUACCUGGCCGCAAUCAGUGGCAAACACUCGUGGAUCGAGCAGCAGAUCAUAGAGGCCAAUCCCAUUAUGGAGGCCUUCGGCAAUGCCAAGACUGUGCGCAAUGACAACUCGUCGAGGUUCGGAAAGUACAUCGAGAUUAGAUUCACGCCGCAGGGCGCUAUUCAGGGAGCUAGAAUACAGCAGUAUCUGCUGGAAAAAUCCCGAAUUGUUUUCCAGAGUCGCGAUGAACGCAACUAUCACAUUUUCUACUGCAUGCUGGCGGGACUUUCCGCUCCCGAGAGAGAGCGCCUAAAGCUGCAGGAGCAAUCGCCGAGUCAGUACCAUUACUUGGCCCAAGGAGGAUGCUUCACUUUGCCCGGCAGAGGAGAUGCCAAGGAUUUUGCCGACAUCCGAGCGGCCAUGAAGGUGCUCUCAUUUAAGCCGGAGGAAGUGUGGAGCAUUCUUAGCUUAUUGGCGGCUAUUUUGCACCUGGGAAACCUGAGAUUCACGGCCACCGAGGUGGCCAAUCUGGCAACGGCUGAGAUAGACGACACACCGAAUCUACAGAGAGUGGCUCAACUACUGGGAAUACCCAUAUCUUCUCUUAACGCUGCCCUUACGCAAAGAACGAUCUUUGUGCAUGGUGAGCACGUGACCACCAGUUUGUCCAAGGAAGCGGCUAUUGAAGGUCGCGAUGCUUUUGUCAAGUCAUUGUACGAUGGCAUUUUUGUGCGCAUUGUGCGAAGAAUCAAUGAGACCAUAAACAAGCAAGUGGAUCAGCCCAUGAAUAGCAUAGGUGUCCUUGACAUCUUCGGGUUCGAGAACUUCGACAAUAACAGCUUUGAGCAGCUGUGCAUCAACUAUGCCAACGAAAAUCUACAGCAAUUUUUCGUGGGACACAUCUUCAAGAUGGAGCAGGAUGAGUACCAGAACGAGCAUAUCAACUGGCAGCACAUCGAGUUCCAGGACAAUCAGCAGAUCCUGGAUCUGAUUGGCAUGAAACCCAUGAACCUAAUGUCCCUCAUCGACGAGGAGUCCAAGUUUCCCAAGGGCACUGAUCAAACUCUGCUCGAAAAACUCCACGUUCAGCAUGGUAAUCGCUCCAUUUACGUGAAAGGAAAAACCACCCAAACGUCUCUGUUUGGAAUCCGUCAUUAUGCCGGCGUGGUGAUGUACAAUCCAUUGGGCUUCCUCGAAAAGAACAGGGAUUCGUUCAGCGGAGAUCUAAGGACUCUGGUUCAGCGAUCUGCGAACAAGUAUCUGGUGGACAUAUUCCCCCAGGAAAUGCCCAUGGACACGGCCAAGAAGCAGCCCACUUUGUGCGUGAAGUUCAGGAACUCGCUGGACAUGCUGAUGCGCACUUUGUCGCAGGCACAUCCCUACUUUAUCCGUUGCAUCAAGCCCAAUGAAUACAAGGAGCCAAAGAACUUUGACAAGGAGCUGUGUGUGCGCCAGUUGCGCUACUCGGGAAUGAUGGAGACGGCUCGCAUUCGAAGGGCGGGCUACCCGAUCCGCCACGCCUACCGCGCCUUCGUGGAGAGGUACCGCCUCCUGGUGCCGCCGGUGGGUCCUUUGGAGAAGUGCGACUGCCAGAAGGUGGCGCGGCAGAUCUGUGAGGUUGCCCUACCUGCUGACUCCGAUCGCCAGUAUGGAAAGACAAAGCUGUUCCUGCGGGACGAGGACGACGCCAGUCUGGAGCUGCAGCGGUCCCAGGUGAUGCUCAAGAGCAUUGUGACCAUUCAGCGAGGUAUCAGACGGGUCUUGUUCCGACGUUAUCUGAAGAGAUACCGCGAGGCCAUUAUUACGGUUCAGAGGUAUUGGCGGGGUCGACUGCAGCGGCGUAAGUACCUGGUAAUGCGGCAGGGAUUCCAUCGCCUGGGAGCCUGUAUAGCGGCCCAGCAGUUGACCACCAAGUUCACGAUGGUCAGAUGUCGAACCAUUAAGCUGCAGGCCUUGAGUCGGGGCUAUCUGGUGCGCAAGGACUUCCAGGAAAAGUUGCUGGAGGGGCGAAAGCAGCAGCAGCUGAAGAAGGAGGAGUUACUCAAGUUGGCCAAGCUGAAGGAAGCAGAGGAACUGCUGAGACUGCAGCAACUAAAGGAACAGAAGGAGCAGAAGGAGAAGGAACAACGAGAACAGCAGGAGAAACGAUUGCAGGAGGAGCAGAGGCUGAAGGCCGAGGCGGCCGCCCGAAACGCCUUGGCCAUGGCUGCAGUGCAGCAGAAGAGGAGAUCUAGGCCCUUGAAGCCAGAGGCUCCCAAGGCUCCAACCCUCCAGGCCCGCAACUCCCUGCCACCACCACCCACCACACUGAUAGUAGCUGCCCCACUGCCCACUCGACCGGCCAGUGCCGCCACCAGAAUUAACACCAUACCCGAGAGUCCUGGCACCAUUGAUGUGGAGUCCUCCAAGCAAAUGGUGGACGAUGUGUUCCGCUUCCUGAACGACGAACCCGAUGCAGCCUUGAGAAAACUGAACAACCUCUCUUCUGGAGAUACCAUACGCCUACCCAAAUCAGUGCCGAGUAACAUUGACACCUCGGACUUUAGUUACUUGAAAUAUGCGGCGACUUACUUCGGUGGUGGCGCCACUGCGCAGCAUGAAAGAAAACCUCUGAAGGAAUCUUUGCUUAAGCAUGAACAUCCUCUGGAUGAGAUGGCCUCGAAGGCCAUUUGGUUGACUAUACUCCGCUUCAUGGGCGACUUGCCGGAUGUUGUUUCCUCAUCUCCACUUCACUCAUCCGACAAUGAAAGCCUAAUGAGUGAUUUGGCAAGCCUCUUGAACACCUCUGAUUCUUAUAAGCCCCGCUUAUUUGUGCGUCAAUCCCAAAGACGUAACCUAAAGCCUUUGGUUAAUGGCGAAAAGGAAGCCCAGGAAUUCUAUCAACACUGGCUCAACAUUCCCACAAGCCACCUGGAGAAACUCCAAUUCAUCAUAGGCCACGGCAUAAUAAAGAACAACUUACGCGACGAAAUCCUGGCCCAGAUCUGCAAGCAGCUAUAUCUAAACCCAAGUCGGAGCUCCUACUCCCGCGGAUGGUUGCUCCUUUCCCUCUGCCUCAGCUGCUUUCCACCCAGCCAAGAGUUUGAGCCACACCUGCGCAGCUUCAUGAAGCAGGGAACUGCCCAACUGCAGGCCACUCCUUCCCUGCAGCGCUUGGAGAGAACUCUGGUGAAUGGACCACGCUGUCAGCCACCCUCCUUGUUCGAGCUCCACGCAAUCCGCGGCCGCCAGCCGCUGAAGUUGGACAUUCACCUGAUGGAUGGACAGCAGAGGAGACUGCAGGUGGAUGCGGCCAGUACAGCCCGAGAGGCAGUGCAUCAACUUUGUCAGGGCAUGGGACUAACCGAUACAUUUGGCUUUGGCUUGGUGAUGUCAUUGAAUGGCAAGCUAAUGCCGCUGGGAGCUGGUCAGGAACAUGUGCUAGACGCCAUUUCGGAGUGCGAGCAACGCCAGCUGGAUGCACCUUGGAAACUGUACCUGCGGAAGGAAAUGUUUGCCACUUGGUAUGAUCCCUCGCUGGACCCCAAGGCCACCCAACUUAUAUACAAGCAAGUUCUAAACGGGUUGAAGUGCGGAGAGUAUCGCUGUCGCUCCGAGAAGGACAUAGCAAUGGUGUGCGCUCUGGCCUGCUUUGUGGAGCAUGGACCCGGGGAGAUCCUUCGAUUAAAGCCAUCGGAGAUCACAGCUUUUGUCCCAAGCGAUCUUCUAGCGCCCGGCGAGCGAGCCAUUGAGAACUGGAGUCGCCUAAUAGCUGUCACCUACGAGAAGAGCUCCUAUGUCAAGGAAGAACAGAAGGACCUGCUUUUGGAGGCCCAAAAGAGAGCCAAGGAGGACAUAUGUCUCUUUGCUCAUCUCUCUUGGCCCAUGAGGCACUCGCGACUGUUUGAAGUGGUUCGCAAAGAGGGACCGAAACUCCAGAGCGAUGACCUCAUGCUGGGCAUCAACUCCACUGGCCUUUUCCUCAUCGACGAAACCGAACAGGUGCUGGCUUCCUGCUGCUUCAGCGAGGUGCUGAAAGUGCACGUGGAAUCUACUGAUAAACUGCAUGUUAUGACCUUUCAACACGUCAAUUUUGUGCUGCAGUGCAGCACAGCUCAGGAUGCCAACGAGGUGAUCAACUACAUGCUGGAUAAUCUCCGCCAGCGUUCAAGCUACGGAGUAGCUCUUGAUCAGGUCGUGGAGGGGGAUCUAGAGGAUUGUCUAGUGCUUUCCCCCGGCGACCUUAUCGAAUUCGAGGCAGGUGUAACCGGUGCCCAGUUGAUGGCUGGCAAUGCACAAGACUGCUACAGGGGAUGUGUCAAUGGUCAGUGGGGUCAGUUUGCUGCCGGGAAUGUUCGCGUUUUGGCCACCCUCUCCAAGCCGAGUGAGAAACUCGAAGAUAUCCUCCGGGAGGGUCGCUUCGAAGAGCCCCCGAAGCCAACACCAAGAGCCAAUUACUCUCGUCGUCGCCAACACAACAUCUCUCAGCUGGCUGAGAGCCAGUUCAGGGAGCCAUUGGACUCCGAUAAGGCUUCUCUAUCAAAGUUUUCGCCUGAGCCACUGAAGGCCCCUCUGCUCAAGACGGUUGCUAAGGUGCCGCCACUUUUCCAGCAGGCAUUGGUAAUGCAUCACCAUAUUCUUAAGUACAUGGGCGACAUAGCAAGGAGCAAUCUGCCGGUCAACACGGACCUCAUCUUCCAGCCAGCGCUGCAGCAUCCGCUGCUUUGUGACGAGCUCUACUGCCAGCUGAUGAAGCAGCUGAGCGACAAUCCCUCCAGUGAAAGCGAGAAGCGGGGCUGGGACCUGCUUUACCUGGUCACCGGCCUGGUGGCUCCCAGUGUCCUGAUCAUGAGGGAGCUCAUCAUCCUACUGCGCAUGCGUGCUGACGCCCUCGCCGAUGCCUGUCUGAAGCGGCUGAAGCGAUCCUUGGCACAGGGCCAGCGAAAGCAGGCUCCACAUCUCAUUGAGGUGGAGGGAAUUCAACAGCGCUGCCUGCACAUCUACCACAAGAUAUAUUUCCCCGACGACACAGUUGAGGCUUUCGAGAUUGAGUCACACACCCGGGGAGCAGAGCUCAUAGCGGACAUAGCCCAGAGAUUGGAGCUUAAAUCACCUGUUGGCUAUAGUAUUUUUUUGAAGACAGGCGAAAGGGUUUAUGCAAUGCCGGAAGAGGAGUUUGUUUUCGAUUUCAUCACUCAACUCAUCUACUGGCUCAGGCAGCAGAAGACCAUUCGCUCCAUAUCCGAUGGUCACUACCAACUGCACUUUAUGCGGAAGUUGUGGUUAAACAACCAUCCAGGCGAGGACCUCAAUGGAGAUGUGAUCUUCAGCUAUCCCCAAGAGCUGCACAAAUACUUGAAGGGCUACUAUCCCAUCGACUGCGAGCAGGCCUCGCGUCUGGCAGUUCUAGUGUACAGUGCAGAUCAUGACGUUAGCUUGCAGCGGCUGCCCGAGGUGCUGCCACGUUUAGUUCCCGAAGACCUUAUACCGCUGCAAACGGUGGCCGAAUGGAGGCAACAGAUCCUGCCAAAGAUCCACCGCGAUCAUUUGACUGAGGACCACGCUAAGCUGCUGUUCCUCCAAGAGCUCUCCCAUUUCGCUUGCUUCGGUUCCACGUUCUUUGUGGUGAAGCAGCAAAAUGACGACGCCCUUCCGGAAUCGCUUUUAAUCGCCAUCAACAGCACCGGUUUCCAUCUGCUGGAUCCGCCGACUAAGGAGAUCCUUCGCAGCUAUGAAUACGCCCAGUUGGGAAUUUGGAGCUCGGGCAAGAACCACUUCCACAUCCGGUUCGGUAACAUGAUCGGAGCCGCGAAGCUGCUGUGCAGCACCACCCAAGGAUACAAAAUGGACGAUCUGCUGGCCUCAUAUGUGAGGUAUUUUAAUCAACACGAAUAA